UGUUACAACAAGCUGCAGUUAGGUUUAGAUAAAUUCAAUCCGUCUCGGGCUAAUUGGUAAGAGCAUGUGAGUGAAGUGUACGUAGUAUUUAGAAAUGGAUUGCCCAAACACGAGUUGAAUUUUACGUUAAAUCUUUUUUCUUUUGUGGGGGUAAAUCAUAUUUGUUCGUAUAUUAUGUAGUAAGCAAUCUUUAUAUGCUAACUUUGGUCUUUUCAGUUUUCUGUUAGUAUUUGUUGUCGAGGGUUAAUUUUGCCAACGAAUACAGACCGGUAAGCUUGGAGGACCGAACCGCAGUAAACUGUGGGUGGAAGUCGGCCUUGUUAUGGCUAAGCUGAAGGAGCACAAGCCUCCGUCAGGUUUUAUAUAGAAUUAGGCCUAGGCUUUGUUGGAUAUUAUUUAUGUGAGUUCCGAGUUUUGUCAAUUGGAGAGUGCGUAAAAGACUUAAAACUUUAAGUUUUAUCACUUUCUGCUACUUCUAUAAUUAUAAGGAUAGUAAUUGUAUAUUAGAAUCACGUUGAUAUCAACUCCCGAAGCUAUGAUGACGCUGAAAGCAGAUUGCAAGAAGUUUGCACCGAACAUUUUUAACAAAUCAAAAUGUCAACAUUGUUUCAAAACGAAGGAAGCUCACACAGCAGAAGCUCUAGAGAGUAACCGGGCGUCAAGAAAAGUUUCUAAGUGUGGCUAUCUCUUUGUUGCCCCCGACUUUGACUUCUCUGUGACCAUCAACAGGACAAAGAGAUGGCAGCGACGUUGGUUUGUGCUCUACGACGACGGAGAGCUUACUUACUCUGUGGACGAGCAUCCUGACACUGUACCCCAGGCAGUGAUAGACAUGAAUAAAGUGCUGGAGGUGUCAGAUGGGGAGAAUGUCACAGGAAACCAGUUUGCAAUUGCUGUCACAUCCACAGACAAAGUUCACUUUAUCAAAGGAACAAGCAAGGAAGAACGAAACUGGUGGUUUGAUGUCUUGUCAAGGUUUCCGUCUAACACAAUAAGAGGCAGAAAUAAGAGAUUUGCAACAAUCCCUGGUGGCAAAGCAACUGUGACAAAUGUUGGGAAGCAUAAUGUCAACAGUUUUGAUUCCCCUGGUGACCUCAUUAGAAGCGCCUCAACUCGACAACGAUUCAACACAUUCAACUCCGAAUUUCCAUCACGACCCAGUCCAGAUCUCUCCUGGGAACAGGUCCAGAAAGCGGGAACAGAGGAUGUCUUCCCAACAAAGGAAAAUGACACACUUAUUCUUGAAACUAAACACACAUCAACACCUGUGGAUAAACAUGUCAAUAACAAACUAGAAAAUGAUGAUGAUAGCAGCAACUGGAAACAUGUGGAAAGUGAAAACUUAAGAAAUAUCCUAAAUAACAGCGGAAGCAUCAGCUCUGUGCCUCCUGACAUCAAGGUGAAGAAGAAUGUAGAAGAGGAGGAGCCACUGACUGCACACAAGGUUAAGACUGAAGAUAAUACAGAACAGAUUAAGGGUCGCAGUAGACGUUACUUAAAGAGGGAUGGGCGUAGCACGCGAAGCUUGCGGAUUCGUUCGGACGGCGUUGCCAAGAUGAUGCCUUCUCAAGUUACAAGAGAAAUAGAGAAGAAGAGGAACCAGUCUCUUGCCACUCUGGACUUACAGUCUGAGAAAAGUGCUUUGGAACAGCAAAAUUACUGUAGUAACCCAGUUUAUUACCUGACAUCUGAUGUUGAAAAAUUAAUAGGUGAAAAGUCUCCAGAAGGUCCCCAAUUAGAAGAACCACCACCACUACAUCGCCGUCGCCAUGCUAGUGAAAGAGGAACAGCUAAUCGACGGCUGUUGCUCGAUGAUGAUUCUCAGGAAAAACCCCAACGUGAAAGUGGGCACGAUCUUCAGCGCUCAGCAUCAGGGACCAACUUUUCAAGAUCAAGGUGGAGAAAUGUUGGAAAUGGUCAUCGUGACAUGACUUUAUUGUCCCUUCAAAAUAUCGGCAACAAGACUGUAAUGCCAUUGAAACCACACAAUGCAGAAGAUAAUGGUGGACAUAAGUUUUUGGAAGAUAAAAAUACACAGCUGCGUGGUGAUCCUGAUGGAUGUGGGUUGGAUCCAUGGUUUUUAUACACCUCUGUGGGUGCAUUGGCUCACUCCGAGUUCACACCUGUAGACCUGUUUCUCAAAAAAGGAUGGUUAUUAAGGCAGGGUCACAAUGACUGGUACAAACACUGGUUUGUUCUUCGCAAUUCUUCUCUGACAUUCUAUCGAGAUCCAAAUGCUGAGGAAUCCAACAUUAUGGAUGGUGUUCUAGAUCUGCAGUUGGUGAAAGGGGUAGAGGAACUAGAAACUGACAAGAAUUAUGCAUUUUUUAUUACAACAUUUGACAAUAAAAAGUAUGUGUUUGCUGCUAUCACUGCCGGUAUUCGAAACAACUGGAUCCAGGCAAUCCGCCAUGCUGCCGAAAAUUGGGAUACAUUAGACUUGCAGAAGAAGCAUCACACAGAAGAAAGUAAUACUUCCUCAAAAGAGAAGCUUGGGAGAUCUGGAAUAAUUAGUCCUGUGUGUAUUGAUGAACCAGUCAAGCUAGUAGAUGUCUCCUCCAGUGAUGACCCCUCAGAAUAUUUUUCUAUUGUGGAUGAAGAGGAAGGAACUGAACAACCAGCUUCUCCACGAACAUUACCCCCAUCUCCACCUCUUAACAGAACUGCCAUUUCAAGAGUCAAAGAAAAAGCUCGGUCUCGUUCUUCAUCAAGCUCUAGAAUAGGUCGACAGUUACGUUCUCCUGGAUCAGCAGACAAUGAACAGUUUCUGAUCACUGCCGAAAUUGAUCAGCAGAGUGAUGGUGGCCUAAGUGAUCGGUCUAGCUCAAGUAUGCAAGGAGGAGAUGUGCCUUACUGGGAGAGGAGAGCUUCACACAAGCAACGAAUGAUUAAACUUCUGGAAAAUAGAAAGAAAACCAUAUCUACCAACAGUGAUUGUGUAACUAAUUCUUCAAUUUCUCAAAAAAGUCUUUCUCAUGUCAGCUCAUCAAAGAAUGAGGAACUGUUACCCGAGAAAGGCGAGAUUGUGAAGUUAACCGACAGUAACGGAGCAUUGUUGGGAGAACAGUGCAAGUAUUUAGAGGAACCAAAACUUGAACAACAAAAUAGCAAGGGACAGAAGAUAGUUAAAGGACUUUCCAAAGAUGUUUCUGAGAAAAGUAGCAGCAAAGAGAAACAGAAAGAUCAAAAACAAGGUGGAAGUGGAGAAAAUGUAUACAAGUCAAAAUAUGAGUUUCUAAAAGUGAAAUACAAGAAAGACCGAGCAGAAUGGGAAGAAAAACUGUCUAAGGAAAAAGCAUGCAAUCCUUUCAGAUCAGGAAAGGCAGAAGACUUACAGGAUGCUCUUCAAAAUUGUAAAGAUCAGUUAUGGAGUAUCAAGUGUAAGCUUGAAAAAGCUCCUGAAAAAAGGGGAGAUACUCUUGUCUCAUGGAGAGAGGUUUAUAAACUUUGUGAGGAUGUAGAAAAGUUACUUGGUUCUAGUGAAAGGAGGUCAAAGAAGGAUAAUGAGGUUUCUAAGUUAAAGAACUCAAUAGCUGAACUGCAAAAAACAUGUGAUGGAAGACAGAAUGAACUUGAGACUUUAAAAAAUGAGCUCGACAUUCGUAAGAUUGAUAUAACAAAGUUAGAUGAGGAACUAAGACGAACACUUGCUGAGUUAGAAAAGUCCAGGGAUGAUAAAACAGAUCUGCAAGGUCGUGUAAGGCAAUUGGAGACCAUUUUAAGAAGCUCUUUACAUGAUUCUGAUGGAAUGGCCAAUAAACAGCAAGAUUCUCUUUUGUUGCUGGAGAAUUCGGAGCUGAAGACCAAAUUAUUAACCGUAACUGAAGUGACAAAGAGCCUUAAAAGGAGAUUAGAAGAAGCCCACCGAAGUUGUGAUGAUCUAGAAAUCAACUAUUACAAGAUACGGCAAGAUAUGAAGCGGGUGCAUGACACCCAUUUCUCUCAACUGGCUCUCAUGACUGCCCGUGUUGAUGAUUUAACUCUAAAACUCACAGAAUCUGAGAGAAACUUUCGACAGACAAAACAGAAACUCACAAGAAGUGAAUCCAGGCAAGAGAGGCGUAAAAGUUCUCUUCGUGGCAAAGAAGGGUUGAAUUUAUCCAAAGAGUUUGAAUUUAAAUUGGGAGACCUAGAGCAAAAGAUAGAAUCUAUUGAAUAUUCUUUGAAAAAACCACAACAAAACAAAGAAGAGAUUGAAGCCCUUUCACCUCAGGUACAAACACAAGAGAGUAAACUAGGAUCUGAAAGCUCAUCAGCCGAAUCCCAGGGCUUCCUAGUUCGACUCAGUAAUUUAGAUACAAAAGUAAAAAAUGUGUAUAGUAUAGCAAAACCUUUGGACCAAGGAACUGAUUUAACAGAUAACUUGGAAAAACCAAAAAUUUGUUUACAGAUUAAAAAUGACAGCGAAGAAAGUGGUCCAGAAGAGUGGAGUACAUUGUCUUUAGCCAACAGUGUCACUGACCUUCAUGAUUUGGUAGCAGAAAGUGUUAACGAACAACCUAAAACUCUCUCAGAAUGUGUACUUUCUCUGUCUGACAAAGUUCGAUCCUUAGGUGUAUGGUUUAAAAAUAUUUUGUAUCUCCUUCAUCAGCAAGAAGAUGGUUUGAAUGGAAGUGUUAGUGCUGAAUUAAAGCAUCUUGUAGAUGCUGUUGAGUGUUUAUCAUGUGGGGCUGUUGAAAAUCUUCAAGUCGACCACGAUAAGGGAAUGUUACUAGAAAUAGUGUAUCAAUUAACUCUUCUUCAGGAAGCAGUGAAAGCAGUUGAUAGGCUUGCCAACUUUGAUGCUUCUGAAAGGAAAGAUGUUGUUGAAGAAAUUGGCAGAAUACAUCAUUGGCUAUCCACUUUAGAGAAACAGCUCUCUUCAUCUCCUGAAGUUAUAUCUGUCUGUGGUGGUUGUACAGCUGUAGGAAAAACACUGUGUGUCUUCCUUCAAGAUUCUGUUCCAAUCACAGACAUGAGUAUAUCACAGAAGGACAAUGAUACUGUGGACAGCAUCCAACAACUUAACUUUGAAUUAACGACUCAGCUACAGAAUCUAGAAGAUCAGUGGAAACGUGUUGGCAAAAUCUUGAACAAGACAAGAGCUGAUGACCUAGCAGCCCUGCUUUCCUGUAUGAGUGACAGUUGUGUCAGUGAUAUAUGCAGAGUACACUCAACACGGGAUGAUUGGCAGUCAGUCACUGAUUCGUCACCAACAGAAAGGAUCGUUAGUGAAGAAAUAGUUUUAGCAGAGCUAUGUCAUGUUGUCACAGGGACCUGUGACAGGAUUCGAAAAGUGUUAGUCCACCAACGAAAGCAGCAGCUCAGUAUACUGUGUCGUGAUCAGGAAGCAUUUGAGCUGUGGUGCACUUUGAUAGAGCAGUCUGUAGAGCAAGAACUGGGCCUAGUUAAUUCUGAACUGCGAGCUGGUGUAACAGAACUUGCAUCAUUACACCAACUAGAUUUGGACUAUUGUCUCAACCAGGAAGUAUUGACAAAGGCAGCCGAGCUGGCAAGCAUUGUAGCUGUUAGUGGUACUUUUCACGGAGUUCUUACUUAUUUGAGGAACAAAGCAGGAGAUAUAAUAAACAGUAGAAAGACUAGGUGUAAUGUUCAAGAAAGUUCAGCUUUGUAUGAUGAACAGUGGAUGGCUAAGGUGCGGGCUUGCAUCUAUAAGCAAGCAGAACAAACAGUUUUUGGUGCAUCUUGUGUCAUACCAUGGAAUGGCAGUAAAUGUAUACAUGAAGCAAAUGAGAACAGUUCAGAAAAUAUUGCCAGACAAAGUGCCUCAAAUCUGGUUAGUCUACAGCAGUGGUUACAGGAAAAGCUGGCAGAAGAGAGAUUUCAGUUUCAGUCAGAGUUUACAGCUUUACAGAAGAGAUCACAGCAACAAGUAAAAGAGGAAUGUCAUAAAUGUGAAGAACUUAGACAAGAUGUUUAUCAUCUGCAGGUACAACUAAAUCAACACCAAGACUCACCACAAAAAAGCGAUGUGUGUAAUCAGUGUGAAGAACUUCAAAAUAAUCUUUGUCAGUUGGAGAAAAAACAUACAGAGGAGAUACAAAACCUGAAGUCUGAACAUCACUGUAAAGUAGAAACCAUAAGGCAGGAUAUGCAAGAAUUCUUAGAACAACAAGAUAAACAGCACAGUGAAGAAAUCAGUCAACUUCAGAAUGAGCUUCAACUUUCUCAGAAGCACUUGAAACACCUUGAGUUUGAAUACGAUGAGCAGAUGAGAAGCCUGAUUGAGAUUUAUCAUCAGAAACUAGAAAAAAAGCAUGAUAUUAUCAGCGAGGAGUCAGUAAGAAGGCGCUACCAAUCAGAAAUUGAACAGUGGAAGGGUUUAUCAGAGAAAGGGCUUAUGGCCAUGGAAAACUCAUACAAACGAAUGAUAGCUGACCUGGAGAAAAAACAUGAGAUGGAAUUAGAACAACUAGAGAAUGAAAAAGAAAAAGCCUUAGCAGAAGAAAUCCAUGCCCAAGAUUUGAAAAUUUUAUUAACAAUACUGUGUACGCAAAUCUGCAAUUAUGUAAAAACACUUGAUGCCAUGAGAAAAGCUCACAAAGAAGAACUGCAACGAGAAAUCGCUAAGUUCAAAGAUGAAUUCCUAAAACAAAUGGAAUACACAUACAGUGGAGAGAACCAGUAUAAGGAACACGAGGCUGAAUUAGAGGAGAUUAAACACGAGAUACUGUCACUGUCUGAAAAGUAUUCCAUUAAAUGUUUGGUGAAUGCUUCAUUGAAAGAGAGCUUGGAAGUACUGAGGACACAGCUGGAAAACACUAAUUAUCAAGUAUUUGACUUACUUGCACGAAACAAACAGUUGCGUGCUCACUUAGCAUCGGAAGUUGCCGAUAAGAAAGAAGAAUUACUAAAUAGCAAAGACAAUGAACAAGGAGAAACACUGGUGCAACUUUUGAGUCUUAGGGACCAAGAGCUAGCAGAACAAAAGGAAGAGAAUGCUGAGCUUCUUCAAAAACUUCAUCUGACAGAGAAUCAUGUCAAUCUGUUGGAUGCCCAAUGUCUACAAUUAGACCAGAGUUUGAAGGCUGAGCGUAGGCUGCGAGAAGAUGAGGUGAGCAGCCUGAGGACUAAGCUAGAGACUCUCAUUGCCUCCUCUUCACCCGGAAGUGAAGAAGACAACAAUGAGUGUACAAGUAGAGAGAGAAACCUUACCUCUCAUCUCCACCACCCAACAAGAAGUAGUAUCACAUUCUCCAGACGAGCUUUUGAACCAAAACCACGGCGAUCACAUUCUCUAGCACUUUAUUCAGCUCAAGAUUUAAUGAGAUCUCCCAGCUGUCCUGGACUAGAUGGACUUCCUGGUAUAGAAAAGUGGCGGACCUUGUCUUCUCAAAAGUGUAUUACUAACACUCAGAGCAAAACUGAAAAUAACUAAAAAAAACAAGAUAUAAUGUGCCAGUUGUUUUCUGAAAGUUGUAACGGGUAACUGUACAAAGCACAGUUGUUUUUUAGUUGUAUCAUGAGUGGCAAAAAAUAAUGUAGAUUUUAAAACUGGAUUUCUCAAAGGUCGAAAAAAGAAAUGGACUGAAAGUGUAUAGGACUAAUUUUAUCAAAUUAAGCUUACCUUUCCCCAUAUUUAACUGGUUUCCCCCCAUCAGCUUGCUUCUGUAAAUGUCUGUAAUUAAGCAUAAUUGGGUUUAGUUGCCAGAUAUUCAAUAAGUGCUUAGGUAGAACAAAUCCUGCAACAACAACAGUGCAGAUUGUUUUUCUAUAUUUUUUGUGAAUUAAUUUUUUUACUGGAGGAAGAAGCAACAUAGAGUUGUGCAAUAAUAUUCACUAAAUAAACAUUUUUAUGAAAAUA